GACAAAACUAAACAUUGCUGGGAGAAAAGAAAGCGAGGAGGUUGAACUACCUGGCCCGGUCAGACUGCAUGUUUUGCUUUCUGUUCAACUGUCAGGAGAGUUUGAUAGACCAGAAGAGGAAACAGACGCUGUUCCCCUCCCAACAAUAAUGGUCGAUGGCCGUUUCCGAUGCUUGGGCUGCUUCUGUAUAUGCGGUGCUCUGCUGCUGUUUGGGCUCUCUCUCCAUGAUGUGGAGGCUUCCAGCUGUGUCAUCCAUAGUGUCAUCCAUAAAAAAGUUGGAGACACCGUGGCGCUUUCAUCAUGCUUACCAAGUGAAGGGGUCACCUCUGCAAGAUGGAGAUACAGAGGGUCAAUAAUUGCAGAAAAAGACAGGGUUGUUCCUGAAAAAGAGCAGUUCAAGGGCAGAUUAGAACUAAACGCCACAGACUUUAGUUUAACACUGAGAAGCCUGACUCUUAAAGAUUCUGGUGAUUUCAGUUUAAACUCAGAGGUAAAUGACAAACAACAGGACACCGUCACCAUCAACCUGCAAGUUCAUGUAGAGCCCAUAACUGAACAGCCUGUCCUGACAGCCAAUUCCACCUGGAACAGCUCGACUAACUCAUGCACAGUUUUACUGGAGUGCAGUGCAAUCUCUAACAGCAGUGUGACCUACAACUGGACUGUGAGGAACCAAAUAAUAAGUGGCUCCAGGCUCCAAUACGUCAUCAGGCCACAGGACGGAGACACAAAUUUCACCUGCACAGUUUACAAUUUUCUCAGUGAGAAGUCAGCAACCAAAACAGUGAAGUGCAGAAACGACACACAUAAAUCAGUGUCCAGCUCCUCAACUCUUGUCUGGUUGAUUGCUGCGCCGGUUAUUGGAAUUGUACUGUUGCUGUCCCUGCUUUGCUACACAAAGUCAAAAGAUCCAUGUUGUAACAGGCUCACCCAGUCUCAAACGGUCAACCAAACUGAAACUCAACAGCCUGUGUACUCCUCUCUUCUCCAUGGUGAUGGUAGUAUCUAUCAAACAAUGAGAGGCUCUGAAGAUGCUGGAACAGAUGGACAACCAAGUGAUUACAUUAAUGUCACAUCUCCAUCUGAUCUUGGCGAGCAGUGAUAGCUGUGUGUACGAGUAAAUGAGAAGUACUGGACGAAGAAGCUGGCUAAAGGGGACAGUACAUACCCCUGUAGUGUCGUGUUUUUCUCCAAAUACCAUCUGUCGAUGCCUCUCAAUCAUUCAUUUGUUGUUGUUUUUUUUUUUUUGUUCUUGUUUGGUUCCAAGUCCAUAAAGAGAAAUGCAUCAUCAAUACAGCAACAGAAGCGUACAUGACAUGAAAACCAAUAUUCAUGUUUAGUCACUUAUUUGAUAAUUAUAUAACUGCUUUAUGAUUUUUGAUGAUAAAUGACGAGGGGAUGAAUGAGCAUCUAAUCAGAGUUCAGAGAGAUGGCCCAGGGAAGGACAACAACAACAUGGACUUUUUGUUUUUUUUUUUUUUUUGGUAAUCAUUUUCUUGUCACACUGCUGAAAUGUUGUCUUGGUGCAUGUUUACAUUUUUAGCCACUUGGUGGUGCCAUGUGGUUUCCUUUCACUUAGUGGUUCCUGUGGUCAAAUGCCCUUGCAAAUGCAUCUGAGUACAUGCACAAUGCAUAACUUAAUGCAUGAGCACAUUUAAUGUGUUUAACUAUAAUAUCAUUGGAUAAAAAUGUUUUGUAGAAUAUUUUCAACAAGUUAAAAUGUUUAAUUCAACAUUUUGCACCUUUUGGGCAAACGAGGUUACAUGUUGUUCCCUAUACUAUGUUGUAUGUAUGUUGUAUUUUACUAUCUUUGCUAUCUUUUAUUUAAUGGUCAAUGCCUGUCAGUAUUGUAAUUACAUAGAGAUUUGUUUUAAACUAGGUUUAUGUCAAAAAUGAACGAGCAGCCAGUUGGUCGAAAUACUAUUGUAAAAUAAAUAUACACAUUUGAACUCAU